AUGCUUCUGUCAGUGCCUCUCACACCUCUGUCCCAUGGACAGACCAUAUCAAACACAUACUUCUUCAUGGUGCAGGCUCAGGGCAUCAUGCUGAGGGAUAACGUGCGGACCAUAGGACAGAUGAUCCGAUUGUACACCAACAAAAACAGCACGCUCAAUGGCACGGACUAUCCGGACGGAACAAACUCCAGUGAGCUCCUGGUUCAGCCAACUACAUACCUCCCAGAGAACUUCACCUACUCCCAACACCUCGCCUGUCCAGAGCGAUUACCUUCUAUGAAGGGACUUAUGGACGUGAACAUGACUGAAAUCCCCAUUGAAGAGAUAGAGCUGAAGUUUUCAAAGUUUUUUGACAUCGAGUUUGGAGGUCACUGGAAACCAAAGGACUGCAGACCUCGCUGGAAGGUGGCGUUCCUAAUUCCAUUCAGAAACCGUCACGAACAUCUGCCAAUCCUCUUCCAACACCUCAUCCCUAUGCUGCAGCGGCAGAGGCUGCAGUUUGCCUUCUACGUCAUAGAACAGAGCGGGAGCCAGCCUUUUAACCGAGCCAUGCUGUUUAACGUGGGCUUCCUGGAGGCCAUGAAGGACCUGGACUGGGACUGCGUAGUCUUCCACGACGUCGACCACAUCCCCGAGAACGACCGCAACUACUACGGCUGCGGACACAUGCCUCGCCACUUUGCCGCCAAGCUCGACAAGUACAUGUACAUACUUCCAUACAGCGAGUUCUUCGGCGGUGUGAGCGGCCUGACUGUGGAGCAGUUCAGAAAGAUUAAUGGUUUCCCCAAUGCGUUCUGGGGCUGGGGAGGAGAGGACGACGACUUGUGGAACAGGGUCCAUUAUGUUGGUCUGAACGUGACGCGCCCUGAAGGAGAGCUGGGGAAGUACAAGUCCAUCCCUCAUCAUCACAGAGGAGAGGUGCAGUUCUUGGGCAGGUACAAACUGCUGAGGUACUCCAAAGAGCGGCAGCACUUGGACGGCCUGAACAACCUGCGUUACAGCCCGGUGGUGACCCUCAGCAGCCUGUAUAAGAACAUCAGUGUGGACCUCUCUCCGGAGCUGGCCCCCAUCCAAGACUACUGA